AUGGCAGAGCAGCCCAAAAACCUAACAAUACCCUUGAAAUUGGACGCAUUUGUCUUUAACAGAAGUGUCUGCAAUGGCAAUGAGGACGAUGCGAAAAUUGCACCUAUCACCCAGCCCAACUACACCUUCCUGCAGCUCAAUGAUACCCUCAUCCAGCCAGACAUUCUGGAUCAUGUGGAUCUUCACAAUGCCAUUCCAGCGGAGUCCAACCCACGACUGAUGGACUUGGGUCAGGGAACGGUGCGAUCAAAUCGCGUUGGAGUCUAUUUGCAUUGGAUCCUUCCACGAUUCUACAGAAGUGGUGCAGCAGCUAGUCCCUCUGGAGCUCCUGGUCAUACCCAACGACGACAACAGAAGGGACUCAGGGCGUCAGGGGCAGAGAAUCCAGCGAAUGACUACUCAGCACCCGAGUUCCCAGCAUUACCAAACCGGUGGUUGGUGAUUCGGACACUGGACCCUAAUGCCCCAACGACAGCUCCAAAGGGAGCUGAGAUCGAUCCGGUAGAGGCAUGGGUGAUUGAGAGCGAUCGACUGCGCUCAAUCGACGACGAAGCUCUCAGCAAUGCAGAUCUCCAAGUUGAUAUCUCGCCAUAUAUUACCUCGAACAAAGAGAGCAUUGGAAAUAUAAACCUUAAAAAACAAGCAGAAGCAUUCAUCGGGUACAAGCAGCGUGCCAAUCAGUGGAGCGAGGACCCCAGCAAGGCUCGAGUGGACUUGACGGCCGUAAGCAGCUCCAACCAACUGUUUGUGGACUACCAGCCUCACUGUAGCAAUGUGUUUUCAACGGUCGAUACCUUUGCAUGCAAGAUCAACGGCACCGACAGCCAUCUCACCCAAGCUGUUGCGAGCUACUAUGUUAUCGGAUGGCAUUCUGAAGCGGCCGACGGGCCAUUUGGGAAAAUGGACCCGAGUUCGCAUUUGACACGCCGCGGCCGCAUGGAUGCUCUGUCAAUGGCAAUGAAAGGCGAAAAGGAGCUCCCAGAGGAAAUAAAAAAAUGGCUCGGUUCCGAAGACCCAGCGCAGAUUCUGUGCCACGGCGCGAUGUAUGAUGUAGAGUGGAACGCAUCCACACUGCCACCCAAAGUGCCGGCGAACGACGCCUCGCAGACACUCACUGAUUCCAUGUCUGUCGCCGUGGGGACGACACCAAUAGACUCGUUGCUUGCGUACAUAGAAAGCCAUAAGACGGAAGGGCUGGAGCAGGACCUGCGCCUGAUCGCGCCCCUUCUGCGCGCCCAGGAUGAAGGAGUCGACGCUCACCGCGCUGCCACCGAUGAGGUCCUGAACUGGAACUUUGCACGAGAGUCGGGCGGCCAAUAUUGGCUGUUCCAGAGUCCAGACGACAAACCGGCAGUGAAGCCCAGCGACACGGAGGCGGCAUACCUGGAGCAGCUGAACCGGGCGCAGCGGAUGCUGGAUGGCACCUCUCGACAAAUCCUGCAGCUGCAGUGGCAGUUGUUCUCGUACUGGUGGCAGCUCGCGAGCUCACCGGAGGCGUCGCCCCCACCGAUGCCGGUCGAGGCGCUGACUAACCGCAUCAACAAGUUGAUCGGCCUGGCGCAGACCCUGCAGACGUUCAUCGACAGCCUCUCGCGAGACACCAGCAAGUUCUCGCGUCUGCCCCAGAGCGGCGUGCUGCGGGAGUUCAGCCAGCCGCGCGACCCGACACUGCUGGUCGCUGGAAUCAGUGCUGGCUGGCCGGACGACUAUCUCGACCGCCUGGAAGUCCGCUUGGAUACACAGCUGGUGGGGGCAACACCCUCCUUCAACGUGUCCCCGUUCUGCAUCGACCGACUGCCGCAACCACUUCAGAAAACCGCUCAGGCCCUGGUUGAAGAGUUUGUGGCUCUCAGAGUUGGAGAAGUCACUCCUCCCAAGUACCAUUAUGUUCCUCUUUACCACGACCACGGCAAGCAUGGGCUGGCCACCGAUCCUCUCCGAGACCAAUGGGGCAAAACCCAACCUUGGGCCCCGCUCUUCCUCGAAUGGCAGGCCGACUACUUUCACAUUCCAUGGAAGGAUUGGGACCUCGUCCAGGAACAAAAGGGCCAGCUGGAUCCGCAUUGGAGGUUCGGGAUUACUCCUGGUACAGAUCUCGCGAAAGAGCAAAUCAAAGACAUCAGGUCUCUCUCAGGGCGAAUCCUACUCCUUCCGCAGCCGAGCUUCUCGCUCCAGGCCGCGAUCGACCAACUGUUCAACAGCAUCGAUCCAGAGGUUUUGAAGAAAUACUUACCCACCAAGGAGCAGCGUGAUAAUGUCCUCUACAAUACAUACAAGCUUCCGUUCCUCUCCGCACCCCUGGAUGGCUUCACUGACCAUCUCCUCACUCUAUCGCAUGGCACGCACAUUAAGCCCAAUGCCAGAUAUCCUGGAGAGGGCGUCCAACCUAUGGUGGAUGCGUACAAGGGCCCUUUUCACUAUAAUGAACUGAAGCUGAUUGGCAUCCAUUCCGAGAUGACCCCUUACGCCUCUCUUGUACGAUUCACCGCGGAGCAAGCGUUGAUGACUACGGCCGUCUCACACGACGAUCCUAGCCCCGUCCCGUUCAAGCCGGUAACACACGGACAAUUCCGCUUCAAGAAACUGAACAUUAUCGACAAGUUUGGUCAGGCAAUCAACGCCAUUGACCCUCGUUACGGCCACGAAGACCGCGAGGCCGUUUAUCCGCAUAUCAGCGAGUAUUUUGCUCCUCAGCUCCUUCCAGAUGGUCAGCCCAACGUUGUCCGUCAACCGGUUGAAAAAGGCUACUGUGAAUUUACCCAAGUUCCUCCCGGAAUAAAUCAACAUGCCCGUCUGAACUCCGCUUUCAUGAUCCAUGAUACUCGAUCCGACACCCACCCUACGGACUAUUCCUACUGGAGACCAGUGACAGAGUGGGAAAACCCCAUCUGGGGUUGGAUAGUUCUCAACUAUGUUGACUACGGUAUUCAAGUUUUCCUACCCGACGGCACGUUCUAUCGUGAGGUCCGCAUCGCUUCUCCAACUGCGCCGCAGCACACUUCCACCAGCGCUAAAUGGCUGCCAUUCAACCCGCCAGCGACAUCUCCUGACACGGGCCAGCUUGAUCAGCUCUUAAACAAGCUGGCCGACCCCGAUCAAACUUAUUUGCUUGCCUUCUUAGACAUGGCAAACAAAUCACUCGAGUCCAGUUCAUCGGUCCCAAGCGCCUAUGCCACGUUCAUGAAUUCACUUGUAGGCCGGCCGUUGGCGCUGGUCAACGCUGGCUGGUCUCUUGAAUUAGCUACUGAUGCCAAAUCUAAUCAGUCUACCCUCGAUCCCCGUCCGCCAAAGUUGGGACUUUUGGGUGGACAAGAUAUCUACCAAUUCCCAGUCAAGCUGGGGGAUGAGAAUCGAGCAAGUGAUGGCUUGGUCGGCUACUUCAAGACUAAGUCUAGACUUAAGGCAGGCGAUGAGCUUGACCUAAGCAAAAUUUUUACUUACUACACUGGCAACAAUCCCACUGGUCCAUUAGAGGAGAUUUCCACCACGAAUUUCCCUGAUUUCCAGGCUUUCUGGCUAAAGCCAGAUUCCUACAUUGAACGCGGCAAUGAUGCCCAGCAAGGGGCACAGGAAUUCUUCCGAGAUUGGAAUCGUGCCUUCCAAGUUUUUGGAAUGAUAAUUGAUCCUUUUGUGCCUGUGACGGCUUACAGCAGCAUGUUACCCAUGAACAACCUGCGCCUCCCGCCUUGGACGUGGCAAAAAGCAUUUGAGAAAAUGACGGCCUUCUUCCAUAUGGGACCCACUAUCGUGAGUGAUGACGUGCAACAAUACUAUCACUCAGACAAGGCUCUCUCGGCGGAUUACAAGUUGUAUCCACCCAGCAGUGACCAGACGAUAGAAGGUAGUGCGGUGGGUAUCCCUUCCCUCCAGUCGGCCAGUUGGGCGUGGCUUCAGCCAUUCAUAAAUGCAACUUCGGAUAAUCCGCAGUACAUGGCAUUGGGCUUGGGGAAAGUGGACAGCAAGCCCAAAUACCAAAAGGGUCCGUAUACAGCAAUUGAGGGGUAUUUACAGCUGAAAGCGCCGAUUAUUAGGCCUGAAGAUGCAGCUUCUGGCAGUGCUGGACCAGGAUAA